AUCCUUUUAAAAUGAAGUAAAAAUCAGUUCAAAAACCUUGUAGAAGUUCAACAAAAUAUUUUACAUUAUUUAACAUGCCUUCAAAGAAGAGGUAUAGAGGUGGACAGCCAGAAGUGUACCAUGAUAUAGAUGACUUUACACCAAUGAUUGUCUCUGUGGAUAGCUCAAAUGUAAACACAGUGGUCAGUCCAGAGAAGUCUCCUUACUCCCUCCAAGAUGUAAACACUGGGGUCAGUCCAGGAAAGUCUGCUUACUCCCUCCGUGUCCAGAGAGUGGUCAGGCAGGCUGAGGAGGAGGAGGAAGCGAGCUCUGAUGGAGAUUUUCUGUCCUCCUCUGAUGAGUACCAGCCAGAAUCUGAGGAGGAAUAUUUGGAGUCUGGGAGUGACCUUUGGGAGGAGAGUGAUGACAGUGAACCAGAAGAGAUCAAGGUUGAAAUGGAUAUAGGUCAGAAAACACACACUCAGGUUUGCCUUGAAAAAGGGGACAAUGUGAUGUUUCCUACAAAGUCAAGAAAGUCAAUUACAACACCAGAAAUACCAAAGGUUUGUUUGGAAAACGAAGUCGAAGUUACCAAUGCCAAGAAGCCUAAAAAGUCAGAAACAACAAAAUUAAGUAAGAAACCAGAUCGUAUGUGUGUAUUUUGUAACAAAGUAAUAGUUGGUGGAAAACUAAAGAGACACAUAAUGAGUCAUCAGGAUACCCACAGUGAAGUGAAAGAAAUUUUACAACAGCCUGUAGAAACCCAGAACAAAUGGUUCAACCAGAAACGAAUUGAGGGAAUCUACCAGUAUAACCUCAAACAUUUGAACUUAGGAGAUGAUAAACUUAUGAGAGAGAGAAGGCCUCAAAAACCAGACAGCUUACGAAUGUGCAAUGAAUGUAAAAGAUUUUACUCUCAUAGAACAUUUUUCAGACACAAGAUGCAAUGUGGUCCUAAAAAAGAUCAGCAACAAGAGGUUUCACCUUCAAAUGUGAAGAAGACUAAGAAACAAAAACCAGCACGUAUGUGUGUGUUUUGUAACAAAGUAAUUUUUGGUCGAAAACUCAGAUGUCACAUAAUUAGUCAUCAGAAAACACACAGUGAAGUGAAAGAAAUUCUACAACAGCCUGUAGAAACCCAGAACAAAUGGUUCAACCAGAAACGAAUUGAGGGGAUUUACCAGUAUAACCUCAAACAUUUGGAUGCAUCAGAUGAUCAACUCAUGCGAGAGAGACAGUCCAAAAAACCAAAUAGCUUACGUAUGUGUACUGAAUGUAAAAGAUUCUUCUCAGGCAAAACUUUUUACCGACACAAGUUGCAAUGUGGUACAAGAAGUCAAGGACUAAAGAAAGAAUUGCUAAGACCUGUUGGUGCUGAUAUGGAUGAAAACUUUGUUACGGAAAUUUUGCACAAAUUUCGAGAUGGAGAAGUAGGAAGCCUGAUAAGACAGAACAAAAUUAUACAGAUGUUUGGAUAUAAACAGUUCUUGUCAAGUAAAAUUGAAGAUGGUAUACCAAAUAAUCUCAGACAGGAAAUUAUGAAUGAGAUGAGGACAUUGGCAAAGCUGUAUCUCUGCUUUAAAGCAUUAAUGGAAGGCUCAGAGGUCUCUGUGGAGGACAUGUACAAACAAGAAAAUCUAGGAGUGCUGAAAGAAGCAAUAAAAAAACGUUGUUGUGAUGAAAAUGGGGAGAAACAUUGUUUAAAACUUAGUCUUAAUAGCAUCUUUCAACGAAGCAUUAGAAAUUUAACUCUAUUCUAUGAAGAAUCUAAGGAAAAUUUAAAAGUGGAAAAAAUGAAAGACUUUGGAGAUGCAUAUAAACUCAGUGAGGCUGAAAUUAUUGGUGAUUCAAAACAAGUAAUUCUGGAGAAUUCACUAAGGAAAAGAAGUCAGAGGCAAUCAAAUGAUUCUCAGAGUGAAGCUGACAGCAUGUGUUCAAACAAGCGAUAUAAAAUUGGGCCACCAGAGGUGAACACUGGUUCAAAAGAAACAUCAAAAGAUACAUCAAAAGUUAACUCAGAGCCAAACACAAAAGACAGUGAAGAGAAAUUGACUUCUUCUCCAGAUGUUCAGCCUGCUUCCAUUGUAAGACCCUCUGAGGAGAAACAGACUGAGAAUGAAGUCGAAGAAAUCCAUCUUAAGGAAUUGAGGACAUCCUCUGGGAAAUCCACAGGAAAAAAGAGACCUGGACGUAUGUGUGUAUUUUGUAAAAAAGUAUUGAAUGGUGGAUUAAAAAAGCACAUUAAAAUUCAUAAGAAAACUCACAAUGAAGUAAGAGAAAUUCUACAACAGCCCUUAGAAACCCAGAACAAGUGGUUUAACCAGAAACGAAUUGAGGGAAUUUACCAGUAUAACCUCAAACAUUACCAAUCAGACGAUGAUCAACUUAUGAGAGAGAGACGGUCCAAAAAUCCAGACAGCUUACGUAUGUGCAAUAAAUGUAGGAGAUUUUAUUCCCAUAGAACCUUUUUCAGACACAAGGUGCAUUGUGGUACACAGUGUGAAGGUCUAAAAAAAGAUCUGUUCAAACCUUCUGAUGGUCAUAUGGAUGAAAAGUUUUUAACAGGAAUCUUAAACAAAUUUCGAGAUGGGGAAGUAGGAAAUCUAAUAAGACAAAAUAAAAUAAUACAGAUGUUUGGUUAUAAACAUUUCUUGUCAAGAAAAGUUGAAUCCGCCAUACCAAGUAAGUUUAGAAACGGCAUCAUGACGGAAAUGCGGGAAAUCACUCGACUGUAUCUUUGCUUUAAAGCAUUAAUGGAAGGGUCUGUGGUCUCUGUAGAGGACAUGUACAAACAAGAAAAUCUAGGAGUGCUGAAAGAUGCCCUUAACAAACUUUGUAGAGAUGAAAAUGGUGAGAAGCAUGGCAUUAAACUUGUUAUAAAUGCCAUCUUCCUAAGAACCAUCAAAAGACUGACUGACUUUUAUAAAGAAUGUGGGGAAAAUUCCAAAGUGGAGGAAACAACAAAAUUUGGUGAAGAAUACAAGCUCUCUGUGUCAGAAAUCAUUGCUGAGUCCCAACAUCAAACCCAAGCGAAUAUGUGGAAGGAGGAAAAACGAGAUGUUUCCUCAGCUAGAGUCUCAUUUUCAUGGGGUCAAAGAAACACUGCCAAAAUAAAUGAAGAUUUCAAGUCUUGGAUAAGAAUUGACAAAGGAAAUCCACUACCAAGCAAAGCAGAAUUGAAGGCCUACCUAGACAAACACUCCAACAUUCAAUGUACCUUAUUGCAACUCCGUACAAAGAUCAUGAACGAGCAAAAUAAACGGAGACGAAUAUUAUCUGUAUGAUAAUGUCAGGAGAUGUGAAAACUUGAAAAGAGUGACUGUACUCUAAACUUCAUAAAAACUAACUUUAAAUGUGUAAAGUUGAAAAGGAUGCUUUGUUUGAAGCAGGCUCUGAAAUCAAGGUUGUUUUCAAGAUUGUUUGCUGAAUUUAAAUCACUAUUUUGAUUGAAAUCUGUUCUGAGAUUUUAGAAUUCAAGUUGUAAUGCUAAUACAUGUGUAGUCACAUGACUCAUGAAUAGCACAAAAAUUUACCACCAAUUGAUAAAAAAGUAUAACAUUUCCCGGGGUUUGAAAUUAUAGAAAUGUCAUUUGGAAAAGUCAAGUUUUGAAGGAAAAAAAAUUAUGCAAGAAUAUUAUCAUCUUUAGUUCAAGAUAUUAACGUAAGUAUUAGAGUAUGAAUGAAGAAAAUAAAUCAUGUUUUAAAAUUGA